UGAGCUUUGACUCAGUCUAUUGGCUCAGUCUAUUGGCUCAGUCUAUUGGCUCAGUCUAUUGGCUCCGUCUAUUGGCUCAGUCUAUUGGCUCCGUCUAUUGGCUCCGUCUAUUACUAGAUGUGGUAAUGCUGAUCCUCUCUGGGAGGUUCCUCUUGUUUCCUGUUUAAAGUUUACUUCCACUUUCCAGAGUCUGUGACGCAGUUUUUUCUUUUCUCUCCGUGUGAAGCUCCAGCUGAAGGUGGAGCUGUGACUCAUCAGGAAACAACUCGCCUGAGUUCUUCUUUGUCGACAUUUUGGACCAUUUAAGGAAACUGACCCAUCAGAGACCAGACCCUGCUGGACCUGGACCUGAACCUGGACCCAGCUGAGUGUCUAUGAAGAGUGACCGGUCCAUGGAGACACCACUACUUUAAAGAAGGAGGUGACCUGUAAGGGACAGGCCAACUAAAAUGGAGGAGAGGAGAAGGAAGAGGGGAAGACAGAAGGAAGGGGAGGAACAUAUUAAAAUAAAGAGCCGAAGACUGAGUACCAAUCAGAGACCAGAACCUGCUGGACCUGGACCUGAAUGUGAAACUGAUCCUGAAGCUAAAACUGAACCUGAACCUGAACCCAGCUGUGUGUCCUUCAAGAGUGACCGGUCAAAAGGAAGUAUGAUUGACUUUCAAGGUCAACAACCCUCUGCUGAAAAGAGAGUGGACCAGGAGAGCUCAGAGGUUCCCAGUGGUCAGUCUGCCCAGCAGCAUCAAACACACCUGGACUCCAUAUUUAUGCUGCUGGAGGAGAACAUCGUCACUUUUGUGAAGAACGAGCUGAAGAAGAUCCAGAAGGUCCUGAGUCCAGAUUACCCAGAAUGCUCAAAGAGUCAGAGGGAGGGUGAGGAUGAAGAGCAGAUGAACAGCAGAGAGGCAUUUCUGAAGAUCACACUGCACUUCCUGAAGAGAAUGAAGCAGGACGAGCUGGCUGAACGUCUGCAUAGCAGAAGUCCAUCAGGAGUUUGUAAACGUAAACUCAAAUCUAACCUAAACAAGAAGUUCCAGUGUGUGUUUGAGGGGAUUGCUAAAGCAGGAAACCAAACCCUUCUGAAUCAGAUGUUCACAGAGAUCUACAUCACAGAGGAAGGGACUGCAGGGAUCAAUCAUGAACAUGAGGUCAGACAGAUUGAAACAGCAUCCAGGAAACCAGACAGACCAGAAACAACAAUCAGACAAGAAGACAUCUUUAAAAUCCCACCUGGAAGAGAUAAACCAAUCAGAACAGUGAUGACAAAGGGAGUGGCUGGCAUCGGGAAAACAGUCUUAACACAGAAGUUCACUCUGGACUGGGCUGAAGGCAAAGCCAACCAGGACAUCCACUUCACAUUUCCAUUCACCUUCAGAGAGCUGAAUGUGCUGAAAGAGGAAAAGUACAGCUUGGUGGAACUUGUUCAUUACUUCUUUAGUGAAACCAAAGAAGCAGGAAUCUGCAGGUUUGAAGAGUUCCCGGUUGUGUUUAUCUUUGAUGGUCUGGAUGAGUGUCGACUUCCUCUGGACUUCCUCAACACUAAAAUCCUGACUGAUGUUACAGAGUCCACCUCAGUGGGUGUGCUGCUGACAAACCUCAUCAGAGGGAAUCUGCUUCCCUCUGCUCACCUCUGGAUAACCACACGACCUGCAGCAGCCAAUCAGAUCCCUCCUGGGUGUGUUGACAUGGUGACAGAGGUCAGAGGGUUCACUGACCCACAGAAGGAGGAGUACUUCAGGAAGAGAUUCAGAGAUGAGGAGCAGGCCAACAGAAUCAUCUCCCACAUCAAGAAAUCACAAAGCCUCCAUAUCAUGUGCCACAUCCCGGUCUUCUGCUGGAUCACUGCUACAGUUCUGGAGGACAUGUUGAAGACCCGAGAGGGAGGAGAGCUGCCCAAGACCCUGACAGAGAUGUACAUCCACUUCCUGGUGGUUCAGACCAAAGUGAAGAACAUCAAGUAUGAUGGAGGAGCUGAGACAGAUCCACACUGGAGUCAAGAGAGCAGGAAGAUGACCGAGUCUCUGGGAAAACUGGCUUUUGAGCAGCUGCAGAAAGGCAACCUGAUCUUCUAUGAAUCAGACCUGACAGAGUGUGGCAUCGACAUCACAGCAGCCUCAGUGUGCUCAGGAGUGUUUACACAGAUCUUUAAAGAGGAGAGAGGACUGCACCAGGACAAGGUGUUCUGCUUCAUCCAUCUGAGUGUUCAGGAGUUUCUGGCUGCUCUUCAUGUCCAUCUGACAUUCACCAACUCUGGAGUCAACCUGCUGUCAGAAGAACAAACAACAUCAACACAGUUCUACCAGAGUGCUGUGGACAAGGCCUUACAGAGUCCAAAUGGACACCUGGACUUGUUCCUCCGCUUCCUCCUGGGUCUUUCACUGCAGACCAAUCAGAAACUCUUACGAGGCCUGAUGACACAGACAGGAAGUAGCUCAGAGACCAAUCAGGAAACAGUCAAGUAUAUGAAGAAGAAGAUCAGUGAGAAUCUGUCUGCAGAGAGAAGCAUCAAUCUGUUCCACUGUCUGAAUGAACUGAAUGAUCGUUCUCUAGUGGAGGAGAUCCAACAGUCCCUGAGUUCAGGAAGUCUCUCCACAGAUGAUCUGUCUCCUGCUGAGUGGUCAGCUCUGGUCUUCAUCUUACUGUCAUCAGAAGAAGAUCUGGACGUGUUUGACCUGAAGAAAUACUCUGGUUCAGAGGAGGCUCUUCUGAGGCUGCUGCCAGUGGUCAAAGCCUCCAACAAAGCUCUACUGAGUGACUGUAAUCUGUCAGAGAGAAGCUGUGAAGCUCUGUCCUCAGUUCUCAGCUCCCAGUCCUCUAGUCUGAGAGAGCUGGACCUGAGUAACAACGAGCUGCAGGAUUCAGGAGUGAAGCUGAUCUCUGUUGGACUGAAGAGUCCACACUGCAGACUGGAGACUCUCAGACUGAGUGGCUGUAACCUGUCAGAGAGAAGCUGUGAAGCUCUGUCCUCAGUUUUCAGCUCCAAGUCCUCUAGUCUGAGAGAGCUGGACCUGAGUAACAACAACCUGCAGGAUUCAGGAGGGAAGCUGAUCUGUGUUGGACUGAAGAGUCAACACUGCACACUAGAGACUGUCAGGCUAAAUGUCUGUAAUCUGUCAGAGAGAAGCUGUGAAGUUCUGUCCUCAGUUCUUAGCUCCCAUUCCUCUAGUCUGAGAGAGCUGGACCUGAGUAACAACAACCUGAAGGAUUCAGGAGGGAAGCUGCUGUCGACUGGACUUCAGAGUCCACACUGUAAACUGGAGAAUCUCAGUCUGUCAGGCUGUCUGAUCUCAGAGGAAGGCUGUUCGUCUCUGGUCUCAGCUCUGAGCACCAAUCCCUCCCAUCUGAGAGAGCUGGACCUGAGCUACAAUAAUCCAGGAGACUCAGGACUGAAGCUACUGUCAGUGGGAUUGGAGGAUACACUCUGGAGACUGAAAACGCUCAGACUGGGAGCUGGUUCCAGCCUGGCUCCUAUUCUACUUUUAGAGACUCUAGGAACCACAAUGUGGAGCCUGCUGGCGUCAAAUGGUUGA